GUGCAGAGUCUUUACCUUUGACCUCUCAGCAUCAUCGAGUUGAACCAAUCGUCUCAGUCGUUGUUGAGAGGUGUUUAAGUUUCUCGGAGGUUCGUACUCCCUCGUCAACAUGUCUUCAUCGGAGGCUAAUAAUGGGCCUAGCCAAGCGCCACCUUAUCCAGGUGUACCGCCCUCAGGGAUACCUCCCCCAUUUAUGGGACCACCAGGAAUACCGCCUCAUUUUCCUCCUAUCGGAAUGCCCCCUAUCGGCCAGCGACCUCCCAGCAUGACGCCGAUGCCCCCUGGGAUAAUUCCCCCUGGGAUAAUGCCACCGAUGGGGGCACCUCCAAUAGGACAGAUGCCAGGCAUGAUGCCACCUAUGAUGCCAGGGAUGAUGAUGCCCCCUCGCAUACCACCUGCGGCUGUACAACCAACAGGACCGCCUGGUGUUGACUCCACAGCUGCUGCACCUGGAACAGCUAGUACCACAAAUGGAUCGCCACAGGAAGAACAGCCAAAGAAGAAGUCCCUGUGGACGGAGCACAAAUCAGUGGAUGGGAAGACCUAUUAUUACAAUACAGAGACCAAACAAUCCACAUGGGAGAAACCGGAUGAACUCAAGUCUCCUGCAGAACAAAUGCUGUCCAAAUGCCUUUGGAAGGAGUACAAGUCAGACACAGGGAAGCCUUAUUAUUACAACUCUCAGACAAAGGAGUCCAGAUGGACCAAACCCAAAGAGCUGGAGGAUCUGGAAGCUAUGAUCAAAGCAGAAGAGAAUGGAACGGCUGAGGCAGCGGCCCCUGGCACCACCACAGCUCUUGCAGUGCAAGCAGAUAAUACAGCCACUAUAGCGACCGUAACAGAGACAGAAACUGCAGCAGCAGUCUCAGAGGAGCAGCUGCCCCAGGCAACCGUCCAUCCCACACCUGAGGUUAAGGCUGUAGAUACACCUGUGGCUUCCUCAGAGAACUCAGCAAACACAGAGCCCACAGCUAGUGUUGAAGUCCCAAAGGAAGAACGUCCAGAGCUUCAAAAGAAAACCUACAAAUGGAACACAAAAGAAGAGGCCAAGCAGGCCUUCAAAGAGCUGCUGAAGGAGAAGGGUGUAUCCUCAAACUCCUCUUGGGAACAAGCUAUGAAAAUGAUUAUCAAUGAUCCUCGCUACAGCGCCCUUCCCAAACUAAGUGAGAAGAAGCAGGCGUUUAAUGCCUACAAAGUUCAAACUGAGAAGGAAGAAAAGGAGGAAGCCAGAAUUAAAUAUAAGGAGUCCAAGGAGACUUUCCAGAGAUUCUUGGAGAACCAUGAAAAGAUGACUUCUACAACCAGAUACAAGAAAGCAGAACAGAUGUUUGGGGAGCUCGAGGUGUGGAGCUGCGUUCCAGAGAGAGACAGGCUGGAGAUCUAUGAAGAUGUAUUGUUCUACCUUGCUAAGAAAGAGAAGGAGCAAGCCAAGCAGCUAAGAAAGAGGAACUGGGAAGCUCUGAAGAACAUUUUGGACAACAUGGCCAAUGUGACAUACCGCACCACCUGGUCUGAGGCCCAGCAGUACCUGCUAGACAACCCCACCUUUGCAGAAGAUGAGGAGUUGCAGAAUAUGGACAAGGAGGAUGCCCUGAUUUGUUUUGAGGAGCACAUCCGGGCGCUGGAGAAGGAGGAGGAGGAAGAGAAACAGAAGACUCUUCUCAGGGAGAGACGACGACAACGCAAGAACAGAGAGGGUUUCCAGAAAUUUCUGGAUGAACUCCAUGACCAUGGCCAGCUUCACUCCAUGUCUGCCUGGAUGGAGAUGUACCCAACCCUGAGCUCAGACAUCCGCUUUGCCAACACGCUGGGCCAGCCAGGUUCCACUCCCCUGGAUUUGUUCAAAUUCUAUGUGGAAGACCUGAAGGCUCGCUACCACGAUGAAAAAAGGAUCAUCAAAGAUAUUCUUAAAGAUAAAAGCUUCCUGGUUGAAGUCAACACCAGCUUCGAUGACUUUGGCUCAGUUAUCAGCUCAGACAAGAGAGCCACCACACUGGAUGCAGGAAACAUAAAGCUGGCCUUCAACAGUUUACUGGAGAAGGCCGAAGCCAGAGAGCGGGAGCGAGAGAAAGAGGAGGCCAGGAAGAUGAAGAGGAAAGAAGUAGCCUUCAAGAACAUGCUGAAACAGGCGACGCCACCGCUUGAGCCCGAGACUACAUGGGAGGGAGUCAGAGAGAGGUUCCUGAAAGAGUCUGCCUUUGAAGAUGUGACUCUGGAGUCAGAGAGGAAAAGAAUAUUCAAAGACUUCAUGCAUGUCUUAGAGCAUGAAUGCCAACAUCACCAUUCCAAGACAAAGAAGCACUCAAAGAAGUCCAAGAAGCACCACAGGAAACGAUCCCGCUCUCGAUCGGGCUCAGAGUCUGAGGAUGAGGAGUACCACAAGAAGAAAAAGAGGUCGCAGUCCAAAUCCCCCUCCGAACGCUCCUCUAGUGGAGAGUCUGAGAGAAGCUAUAAAAAAUCCAAGAAGCACAAGAAGAAGGGCAAGAAGAGACGCCACAAGUCUGCAUCACCAGAUUCUGACACUGAGAAGAAAGGAAGGGAGCGUGAUGGAAAGCGUGAAAAGGACCUGGAGAAAGAUAAAGAGAACGACAAGUCUCGGGGGAAAUCACGCUCUGACUCUAAACAGAAGUCUCCUAAAAGGAAAGCUGCCAAAGACGAGGGUGGCUGGGAUACGUCAGGCAGUGAGCUGAGUGAAGGAGAGCUGGAGAAAAGGAGAAGGACUUUACUGGAACAGCUGGACGCACCUUGAUCAUCAUGCUUCUUUUAUGGUAGUUGUACACUUCUACAAACACGCAUUCCCUGCAAGCUCAACUGACUGCACUGGCCAUACCAUCUUGGACAGACUGGGGGAGACGACGCCUUCCACUGGUAUUUAUGGGAAUGUACUACACAGAGCGUACAGAUAUUUGGGAACUUGAUAUCAGGUAUAGCUGAUCAUUUGUUCACUGUCAGUUUGUCCUUUAUUGCUUUUGUUAGCGGUUUAAGUUUUUCUUAUUUUAGUUGACUGUAGUUGUAUGUUCCAUUUUUUUUACUUCAUUAAAAGCACAUUUCAGCUAAUUGCCUUUCACCUGGAGUAGUGUAAAAAUUAACUGAAGAAAGCAGACAAUUGUCCAGAACUAACAGGAAAUAGUCCUGAUUUGAGCCAAUGUACCCACCAUUGUAAAGGAAUGAUCCAAAAAAGCUUUAAUUGGAGCAUUUUGUUAAAUUGUAAUAAAAUAAUGAUCCAA